AAUACACCUUCAUGAUCCUAACCCCCAAAGAGGUGGGUUUCCUCAUUUUUUCUAACUCUCAAAUCAUAACCACUCUUCCGACAUCGCAUUUUAAUCUCCUCUUUGUCUGCUCGAUUCCUGAUCUCUAGGAUUCGAAUUCUGGAGGAGAAGAUUUGUGUAAUUUGAGAGAAAAACUCAAAAAGCUAUGGCUGUUUCAAACGCCGUCGUUAUUAGCUCAAAGGUGAAGACUUUGUUAUUGAAUCCAAAUGAUCUGUCUUUGUCUCCAGCUCCGCUGACUGGGAAUCUUGCUUUUCCGAUGAACAAUGGGUCAAGACGGGGCUUGAUCCAGAGAGGGCGUUGCGAGAUAUCUGCGUCGAAAGCAGCAAGCAUCUCGGCUCUGGAGCAGCUCAAGACCUCUUCUAUUGACAGAUACACAAAGGAAAAAAGCAGCAUUGUGGUGAUUGGACUCAACAUCCACACAGCUCCCGUUGAGAUGCGUGAGAAGCUCGCCAUCCCCGAAGCUGAAUGGCCACGAGCUAUCACUGAGUUAUGUGGUUUGAAUCAUAUCGAAGAAGCUGCUGUCCUCAGUACCUGUAACCGUAUGGAGAUUUAUGUUCUGGCUCUUUCUCAGCACCGUGGUGUCAAAGAAGUCACUGAAUGGAUGUCUAAGACAAGUGGGAUUCCAGUUUCAGAUCUCUGUCAACACCGUUUUGUGAUGUACGACAAGGACGUGACACAACAUCUGUUCCAAGUCUCGGCUGGUUUGGACUCUCUUGUCCUAGGAGAAGGUCAGAUACUUGCACAGGUUAGACAAGUUGUUAACUUAAGUCAAGGAGUCGACGGUUUUGGGAGACAUAUCAGUGCUCUAUUUAAAAAGGCUAUCACUGCUGGAAAGCGUGUCAGAACCGAGACAAACCUCGCUGCCGGUGCUGUUUCCGUUAGCUCUGCUGCCGUUGAGCUUGCUCUCAUGAAGCUUCCAGAAUCUUCAUUUGCAUCUGCUAGGAUGUUGGUGGUUGGUGCUGGAAAGAUGGGGAAGCUUGUGAUUAAGCACUUGGUUGCUAAGGGAUGUAAUAAGAUGGUGGUUGUGAAUAGAAGUGAGGAGAAAGUUGCAGCUAUACGGGAAGAGAUGCCUCCUGGUGUUGAGAUUGUUUAUAAACCGUUUGAUGAGAUGUUAGCUUGUGCUGGAGAAGCUGAUGUGAUCUUUACUAGUACAGCCUCAGAGUCACCGUUGUUGUUAAAAGAGCAUGUAGAGAGUCUCCCUCCUGUUGCAGAUGGGAGGCUCUUUGUUGACAUCUCUGUUCCUAGAAACGUUGGUUCUUGCGUUGCUGAGCUAGAAUGUGCACGAGUUUACAACGUGGAUGACCUCAAGGAAGUGGUAGCUGCUAAUAAAGAAGAGAGGACAAAGAAAGCAAUGGAAGCUCAGGGUAUCAUCACAGAGGAAUCCAAACAGUUUGAAGCGUGGAGAGAUUCUUUAGAAACGGUUCCAACGAUCAAGAAACUGAGGGAGUAUUGUGAGAGAACAAGAGCUGGUUUGGUUGAGAGAUUCAUGUCGAAACAUGGCAGUGGCAUGGACGAGAAGACGAGGAAAGCAGUUGAGGAUUUAACUCGGAGUCUAGUGAACAAGCUUUUGCAGGGUCCAAUGCAACAUUUGAGAUGUGAUGGGAGUGAUAGCAGAACGUUGAAAGAGACGUUAGAGAACAUGCAAGCGUUGAACAGAAUGUAUGGACUUGAUGUGGAGUUGCUUGAGGAUAAGAUUAGAGCAAAGGUGGAACAAAAAUAAAGAGUAUUUGUUUACAUUCAUUUUUUUCCCUUAGAUUCGUAGAGGUUAAACACAGAGUUGAGAGUGAUGAUAGAUGUGGAAGUAAACCAUAACUAGAUUUUGACCCGCGCUUAGAAGCGCGGGUUUUUCUUUGAUUGUAAAUAAAAUUUGUGAAUUAAUAUUUUGAAAUUGGUGGACAUUAUUAUGUUACAAAUUCAUUAUAUCCAAGAAAAACACUUGUUUAAAAUUAUAUAGUUUAUAAAUUAGCUUAUAUAAGGUUUGUAUGUACAUUGCUAUAUCCCGAAAAUAUA